GUCAGGAAUCCCCUGGUCUUGAAGCAGUCCUGCUCUACGACAAGAUCUCAAGGAAUAAAUACGAUUUUUAUCACACUGAGGUACCAGUAGAGCUGCGUGGUCGAGGAAUCGGGAAAAUACUCGCCAGGAGAGGAAUUGAUUUCAUCUUAGAGGAGAAGGCUAGUGUCGUACUCUCCUGCUCGUAUCUCAGCAUUCAGGAAGUUUGCCGAGGAAAACCUGACUGAAGAGGAACUGAACCAUGUCGAGCCUUGAACAGGUCGCAUGUGACGAUCUGAAAGCGUUUGAGCGACGUCUGACGGAGAUUAUCGCGUCUAGUCAUCCAACAGCAAUCAGAUGGCGUAUUGUACUCGUUGCUGUUUCUAUAUUUGUUGCUAUCGGAGCUUUCUACUGGCUCAGUGAUCCUUUAACGGCACAGGUUUCGUUCUUGAACUCGAUGUGGUUGCAUCCCUUCUUCUCCACGACCAGCAUCACAAUGAUCAUCCUGUUCCUGACCGGGAUACAUAGGAGGGUAGUUGCACCAUCUAUACUUGUUCAGAGGACACGGGAGGUUCUUUUUGAUUUCAGCAUGGAUUGUGAUGAUCAUGGACGCCUUAUCCUCAAACCUCGCCCUGCGACCGCCUAGGACCAUGAGCUGGGGAGAUAACCUGCCCAGGAACU